AUGGGGACGAAGAAACGCAAAACUGACUCUAGCAGCACGACGCAGUCUAGCCCUAUGACAACCAGCCGCCGAAGAUCAACCCUACGAGACCUUCAAUCUACAUCGGCCUCUGGCACCGAUGGACAUGUCAUAAUUCCAAAGGUCAUCAAUGCUGCGCCGUCCUUGGAGAAGGCUGAAAUGUAUGGCAUAGACGACACACGGACCGCGUCCUCGAAGAUGUUUGCUAUGGCUGGUCGCAUAUUCAUCGAGACCAUUCCACAAUGGCUGGCGGCGGGAGCUAUGCUGGGCUUGAUAUUUGGUGGAUGCUGCUCAAAUACCCCAGUCAAUACAUAUGCUGAUAUCACAAAAGGAACCCUCCUAACCUUUGUACAAUUCCUCUUCGUGGCUGUUACCGGAUACAUAUCCCAAUUCGAUCGAAACCGAGCACCCCUCUUCCUCAAACCGAACCGUGUACCUAUACGCCGCUGGAUGAUUAAUAUCCUCUUAUUCUUCACGAUUAAUGUACUGAACAAUCAUGCCUUCAGCUACAACAUCUCUGUCCCUAUACAUAUCAUUCUCCGUUCUGGAGGAAGCAUCACGACCCUAGCGGCCGGCUAUAUAUGGGGAAAACGAUUCUCCCGUAUCCAAGUCUUUGCAGUCACGCUCUUGACUGUUGGUGUUGUUGUUGCGGCGUGGUCAGACCAGCAGUCAAAAAAGGGCCUCGAGACUUCACAAAGCCUACCACCUUUCAGCACGGGACUCGCCAUACUUUUCGUGGCUCAAGUCCUCUCAGCUAUCAUGGGCUUGUACACUGAAGAAACCUAUAAAGAAUACGGGCCCCACUGGAAGGAAAAUCUAUUCUACUCCCAUUUGCUAGCUUUGCCCCUUUUCAUCCCAUUCCUCCCAAAUAUGCACCGCCAAUUCCUCAAGUUAGCUGCAUCCGCGCCGUUAGGACUACCAGCCCACGAAUCUCUAGACAAUCUCCCCGUUGAGUUGCGAAGUGGACUGGACAAGAUUCACAUCCCGAGCCAGCUUGCCUAUCUUGUCACCAACGUGUUAACGCAAUAUGCCUGUAUCCGAGGGGUCAACUUGCUCGCUUCGGCAGCAUCCGCACUUACAGUCACGAUUGUGCUCAACGUACGGAAGCUAGUUAGUUUGUUGCUGAGUAUAUGGUUAUUUGGCAAUAGGCUAUCACCUGGGACAUUGAUUGGGGCCUCCAUUGUAUUUUUCGCAGGAGGAAUGUAUGGUUUGGAAGGCUCUAAAGGUUCUACUCGUGCCAGGCAUAGAGGUAGUGUUAGUGCGAAUGGCAAAGUAGGCUAG